GUAAAGAUACCAAACUUUUUUAAGUAUCCCACUAUUCUCCACCAACAUGCUACGAGUUUCUCAGAGAAACUCACUUGAUUAUAUAGAUAAACGAGGAAACUGCUCAAAGUGUCUCUUACAGAUCUUGACCUCUCCUGUUACCUCUGGAUCCUGGCUUGUGUGUUUUCCAUUCUCACCCUUUAAAACUCUUUUUUUAUAAGUCAUCCUCGAUAAGCGUUUAUUACAGAUGAAUCUGAUAACACUGAGAGUUGUGUUGCGACCUCUUGCCGAGAUAACUUCCGAUGUUCAGAAGGUGAAAAGGGUCUAGUGCAGUUCAACUGAUAACACGGUGCGUGAGACUUUUUCAAUUCGAUCACAGUUUCUAACUUACACCUUGGAACAAUUGGUCAGAAAAUCUGUAAUUGCUUGAUCGACAAUUAUAGUUAUCUGCCGGCUUCGAAUCCUUGGUACGAGGACUCUUCCUUAUUCCAUGACCGUGAUAACCUGAUCGUAGCUAAUAUUUGUAUUCCAGAUUGACAGCUUAAUAUCAGCGAUUAAAGCGAACAAUACACUGAGAAAGGACUGACAUUUAAGUUUCGUGAUUCGCUCUUUCUUUUACCUGAGCGUGAAUCACUUGCUGAUGCUACGGGACUGAACCAGCUGUAUUGACGCGACGAAUUGAGGGUACUGAGGCUCAACGAUGGAGUGGUCCGGAAAGUCCACGAUGAUGACGUUCUGCAGUUGUUGGCUACAAGUUGUAAUGCAAGUGGCAGUCAUCGAAACGAGCUCUAACGUUUUAAAUGGAACAGUCACUGGGAGUAUAUUCCUGCCAGUACCAGUCACUGGCAUUUCUGAACAGAUACAGACAGUGGAAUGGAAGUAUUUCAAUGGGAUAACUUGGCGCCACGUCGGCAAGUUGAUAUCAGAUGCAGGCAGUUCGAGUACUUAUCUCUUCAACUAUUCACACCGGGCUUUUUUGUACCCGAACGGCUCACUCUCCCUCAGAAAUAUGCAGAUAAACGAUUCUGGGACAUAUGACUGCACUGUCACGGGUCAGAAUGGAGAAGAGUUCACCCAGAAGACCGAAGUGAACGUGUUCAGAGGUGUUGGUUUUGGGGGAAUGAAGACAGAAGAUAAAGAAUGGAGCACAGAAGCAAAGUUCAACCUAAGCCACCAUCUCAAGAACAAUGGGACCAAAGGUCGCACUUCGGCAAAUUGUACUUUCAUCGGCAUACUUGCUGGAAUGGCAAUAGGACUGCUGAUCAUCAUUUUAGCAUGGGCUGUUGUGAAGUGUUGUAAGACAAGGUCAAGCAAGCAAGGUAAAAUAAGAAAAGCUAUGUUGCUCUGUUAUUAA